AUGCACAAGUUGACGAAGCAUCAUGUCAAUCCAAAAAUAAGUUGUGUCUUAGUGUUGCCUGAAGUCAAAAAUAAGGCAAUUGUGAAAAGUGUGAAUUUAUUCCGAGAACAUAUAAUAGUACGUCGUGAACUCUCGGAUAACUUUUGUUAUUAUAAUACCGAGACUUAUAAUAAGUUAGAGGGGGCACCAAGAUGGGCUCAACUAACGUUAAAUGAGCACGCUACAGACAAACGUGACUAUACGUAUACUUUAGAGGAAUUUAAACAUGGACGUACACAUGAUGAAUUAUGGAAUGCAACACAAAAAGAAUUAUAUAAAACAGGAAAGAUGCACGUGUAUAUGCGAAUAUAUUGGGCCAAAAAAAUAUUAGAAUGGACAGAAACACCAACACAAGCUUUGGAGUAUGCAUUAUAUUUAAACAAUCAUUAUGCGCUAGAUGGUAAUGAUCCAAAUGCUUAUGUUGGUUGUAUGGCGUCGAUUGCAGGUGUUCAUGAUAGGGGUUUUCGGAGUCGGGAUGUCUUUGGCAAAAUACGUUAUAUGAGUUAUGAUGGGUGUAAAAAAAAAUUUAAUACUAAAUCGUAUAUUGCACGGUGGAAUACUGUUGAAAGAAAACCGAAAAAAAAAAAUUUACUGUUGUUUACUGAAAGUUUCUGUUUGUGCCCAAAUUUUUAGUCGUUCAGUUGCGGCAGGAAUCAAUUUAAUGGCCAAAAGUGUAAAUGGACAAUAAUUUUUAAAAUUUGAUUUUCUACAUUCCAUCACUAGCAAAGUGU